CUCCUACCAAUGCAUAUAUGAAUAUAAAAUCUGGAAUUUAUAAUUAUUUUGUUUUUUUAACCUAAUAAUAAAUAUAUGUACAGGAUGGAGCAAUCCAAGAGGUAAGACAUUAACUUAAACAGGUGAGUGAUUGAAAGAUUUUUCCGUGUGUGUGUGCGUGUGUCUUUGGUGCGAUAACAUUAUUCAGACUUUGAUCUUAGGGAAGUUGGAGUUGAAGUCAAAGAAUUUCUCAGUCCCUCUCAUUGUUUUGUUGGUUAUAACACAGAGCUACAGUCACGAGAUUACCUGAACCAAGCAGAGCAUUGCUACCAUAGAAAGGGCUGACUAUAAUGUCAGCAUACAGCUCAGUGUUUGGUGUGGUGGUGGUGUUGCUCCUUCACCUCUCUGCGACACACUCCUUCCCUACCUCCCUGCAGGUCUGUCCUGUUCCAUGCCUGUGUCAGCGAGGUCCUCUCCUCAACUGCUCCUCUUUGGGCCUGACCAAGACUCCCGUACGCAUUCCAGCAACUGCGAUUUCCUUGAACUUAUCCCAUAAUGCACUGCAUUCUCUAGCACCUCUCAGUUUUGGUCGUGUGAUAUUGAAGGGACUCCUGCACAUUUGGGUGGGAAGUAAUUCUCUGGAUAGCCUUGAUCUGGAUUUGAAGAAAAACUGGUCAAGCACUAGGACCCUGUCACAUGAAAAACGAGAAUGCACCUCCUGGGCACCUGACCUUCAGUUGCUGUCUGCUGAAAGAAACCAUUUAAAACAUCUACCGAAGGGACUGAACUGUCUGAAGUCCCUGCAGAUCCUUCAGCUGUCUUAUAAUCAGAUAUUUGCAAUAGGCCCCGCUGACCUGAACUUAACAAGUCUGAAAGAGCUCCAUCUCCAGCAUAACCACAUCAGAAACAUUCACUCACAUGCCUUCAUUGGACUUCAACAGCUACAGGUUCUGGAUUUGAGCUACAACCUGCUGGUCACCAUACCUGUCCCUGCCUUCCGGUCUGUACGGAGCCUGAAUGCUUUUGUCAACAUAUCCUUCAACCGAUGGAAGUGUGACUGCAACUUGAGAACCUUGAGAAGAUGGAUAGGUUUUGAUACUGAAGUGGGUGAUGCUUCGUGGUCAGUGGUGUGCGAUUCCCCACCCCAUUAUUCCGGAAAAGACCUGCUAGAUCUAAAGGACUCAGAUCUCACAUGUGAAUACAGCACAUUUGGUCACCAUCAUAAUAUGAUUGUGGAUGAAGGAACGCAGAUAUUAAUUUCCUGCAGCAAUGACAGUCAAGAGUUCAUGCAAGUUCAAUGGUGGACUCCACACGGGCAAGUCGCAGAUAACCAACCACAGCUUGUAAUUGAGGACAUCACACAACAACACGAAGGACUUUAUAUAUGUGUUUCAGGUCUUCAAUGGGAGCACAUAUCAGUUUUUGAUAUAAAGGUCUACACAAAAGGCAGUGGCUCUAGACCACGUCGGGAAGCACCAACGGUCUUAGAUGGAAGUGUUGAGCGAGAGAAUACAAAUUUGCAGAGAACCCAGUCAGAAUUUGUCCUUGCCGUCUGCCUCUCUGUCAUCAUCACGUUUAUUGUGGCUUUUAUCCUUGGAGUUCUUUUGAGACCACUGUUUGACAAAUUAUACAUGAGAAUACGAUCAAAGAAACACUCCAGUCCAUCGCCAACAACCUCUGGAGCUUUAUCCACUGGUCCUCAGCCAUGUGUAAAUGAAGGAUAUUAUGAGUCCGAUGACCAAGAACGAGUUGUCAGAAUGGGAUCAAGAGUUACAUUUGGUGAUAUCACAGAAGUGGGAGAUCGAGACAGUAAUAUGCCUUACUAUGUCACUGUAGAGGAUGUGCACUCAGAUGGCUCCUCUGAGAGCAACACAGAAGUUGAGCCUGUAUAUGCGAAUACACAGAAAUAUAAGUCAUCUGAAUGGAGACAGCAGGCUCUUGAGGUGGAUCAUCACAGAGGAAGGGCAAACAGCAACAGCAGCAGCACCACACAGGAGGGUGAAGUGAAUGUUUUGGUAACCAACAAUAAGGCACCCAGCUCAACCACAGCCCUGGAAUUUGAGCCGAUUCCAGAUGCGACAACUAGCAACCAACAACCAAUUCCAGAUGCAGAUGACGUUACUCAACCAAGAAGAACCAGUACCUCAUCAUCUUCGUCAUCAUCAUCAUCUCACUCAAUGCAAACUCUGGAUAAAAGCAUUUCUAGUCAAGUUAGGGAAUCCACUGAACAAAGUGUUGACCCUACAUCUGAAAAUAACGCAACAGCAAAAGAUAAAGUUCCAGGAUUUACUACAACACCAUUUACGGAAUGGCCAACCAGUUUGACAGAACAAAGUGUUGAUGGUUUUGAUGCAGAGUUCUGGAAUGACAGUGGAGAAAGCUUUUCUUUCAACGAAGACUCUGAAAGAUCAAGUGUUCGAGAUCUCUCUGCUUCUGCUUUAGGGCACCCAGUAACUGAUGAUGACACGUGGAGGCAAGGCAAUACAGAAUCACCCGCUAACAAAUUAAACUUUAAUUCACACGUAGUUGGGGUUAACAAACCAUUUGGUAAAGAAGUUUCUGUUGAUGACCUCCCUGACACAUUAAGCUCCUCUAGUUCAAGUGAAAGCGGUGAUAGUGAUGGACCAAACAGUUAUACGGUAAACCCAGCGUUAGAAGAGGAAUCAGAGAUCCUAAAGGAGUCAUACAAGAAAACUGAUUCAGAAAGAUUCAGUACUCCUGAAGAUGGUUCUGGUAUUCUUAACAGACAAGAGACAAUCACCUUAGACCCAUCAGACAUACAUUUGACUUUUACUCGUGAAGAAAGUGUUGAUGAGGUAAUGCUUACUGAUGACUCCCAGAGGAAGAAUGAAGAUGCAUUUGGUAGCUGGAUAGAUGUGUCUUUUGGUACAGUGCCAAAGAUUAAGCGAUAUGUUCAGUUUACACAGUCUAAACUUUAUCCCUCAGCUCAGCCAUCACUGACUCCAUCCUCAACAAAAAGCAAUGUCACACCUGAGAUAGAGGUUAAAUCGGAAGCUAAAGUUGACACAUCACCUGAAGAAGCCAGUUGCUUAACACAAACAAAGGUUUCUAUUGAAGGAAUUUCAAAAGUUAAAAGAUAUAUUCAUUUUAAGCAGUCUGAACCUCAUUUUCCAACUCUGCCAACAUCACCUAUCUCAGUCAAUAAAGAUGAAUCUAGCACAUCAUCUGAAAAUGAAGAUAACCUGAUAUCCAAGGGAAACAUAUUGUUCAGGAAAACAGGUGUGUCUUCUGAUGAAGUACCAAAAGUGAAAAGAUACAUUGCAUUUAAGCAAAUUGAACCUUUUUCCCAAACGCUGUCAGUAUUUAGUCCUUCGACUGAAAUUGAGGCCACAACAUCCUCACCUUCCUUAACCAACAAAGAUAUAUCAGGAAAAAUAUAUUUGACUGAUCACAAUAAACAACUCUAUUCAUCAAACCUCAGUCCUGAGGGACUUCCACUAUACCAUGUGCAUCCUAGCUAUAGGACAAAACAAAACAGACUGAACAGAGACUAUGAUACUGAUAGAUCAAGUAGUGAGAGUUCCAGUGAAGAUGAAGAUCAAUUAACAGUGUACCCAAGAAAACUGGAGAUUACAACAGAACCUGAGAUGAAUAGAGGGACCAUCACAUCAGACAAAGUCCUCAACAUUGACUUUGAUAACUCCUCCAGCAGCACAGAUGUAUUUGAGAAGAAACACAGCAAAGGCCUAACAAGACUAAAAGUGUUAGGUACUCGAUUGUUUAGCAAACGUGAAAAUGAAACAGAUGAGAAAAGUGUUCAAUCAGUCCACGGUGGGUCAACAACUAGUGGAAGACCUGGAGUAGUUCUUGAUCUGGCUUAUAAAAGUCACUCAAAAUUAACUGAGACUGAGGAAAUCGUCCAAGAACACAACAAGGAGGACAGUUUCUUUGGCCAUAUUGGACUGUCUUUUGAUCAAUUGAAAAGACCUAAAAAAUCACUUUUGUUUACUAUCUCUGAUCCUCAAUUACCAGAUCAAUUAUCAUCCAUUCCCUUGGAUAACAAAGGAAACAAACAUGACAAAAAGAAAGAAUUUGAAUCCAGAAGAUCUAGCCUUAGUUCUUCAUCUGAUGAAGGCAGUAUCAGUCCAAAGCAUGAAAAGGACAUCUUGGGACAGCGUUUAUCCCUUGAUCAACCACCAAAAGUGAAGCGAUACCUUCAGUUUUCUUAUUCUGAUCCUCAUUCUCAAGCCCAAUUGCCAUUUCCUCCUCCAACAAAUAGAGUUGUCACACCUGACUUGAUAGCAAAAGCUGACUCAAAGAGAUCCAGUUCCUCAUCUGCGGACGAUGUCAAACAACCCACUGAAGAUGAAAACUUUUAUGGACUACCAAAAGUAAAAAGAUACAUUGCAUUCUCACACACUGAACCUUAUUCCACAACACAGCAGUUGAACAACCAAAGCAUCUCCCUAAACAAAGUGGCACCAACUCAGUCAAGAAAGUCAAGUUCAUCAUCCGAAGAUGAUAUCAAAUCUUCAUCUGAAGAGGAUAAUUUCACAGAGACAAUAAUUGUAUCUGCCUCUCAAUCAUCAACAAAGAGCAAUGUCACAUCUGAGACAGAUGUGAAAUCAGAAGCUAAAGUUGACACAUCCCCCGAAGAAGCCAGUUACUUAACACAAACAAAGGUUUCUGUGGAAGGAAUUCCAAAAGUAAAAAGAUAUAUUCAUUUUAAGCAGUCUGAACCUUAUUAUCCAACUCUGCCAACAUCACCUUCUUCAAUAAAUAAAGAUGUAAGAUUGGAAGCAAAAAGAUCUAGCACAUUAUCUGAAGAUAAACUGACAACUGAGAAAGAUGACUUAAGUAAAAUAAAUGUACCUUUAGAAGGGGUUUCCAAAGUAAAAAGAUACAUUAAAUUCAAGCAGCUUGAACCUACCUCACCAAUUCUGUCAGUGCCAAGUCCUUCAACAAAAAUUGAACCCACAACUGGAGCAGAAAUAAAAUCGAUGCAGUCCAGCAGUUCAUCUGAAGAUGAGGACAGUCCUACAGCAAAGGAAAAUGAAUUCUUUGGAAAAACAGGUGUGUCUUUAGUUAGACUACCAGAAGUAAAGAGAUAUAUUCAAUUUAAACAAGCUGUGUCUCAUCCCUCGGUUGUAUCACCUACCACUUCUUUAAAUACACCACAUGUAACAUUUGCAGAAAAAACUAAUUUAGAAUCAAGAAAACUCAGCACUUCAUCUGAGGAUGACAAUAUAGUUACUGCUGAAAAAGACAAUUUCUUAGGGCAAACUGACGGAUCUUUUGAUGGAAUACCAAAAGUUAAGAGAUAUAUUAAUUUUACACAGCGUGAAAGUCAGUCCUCUGUUCAAUCAACAACUUCCCAAAGGGUCAGCAAACCUGUGGUAGUUCAAGAAACAAGGAAAUCAAGCACUUCAUAUGGGGAUGAUAUUAAACUAUCUACUAAAGAUGAUAUGAUUGGAAAGACAGACGAAUCCUUUGUAAAACUCCCAAAAGUACAGAGAUACAUUAAAUUCACACAAUAUAAAGAUUUCCUUGGUCCAUUACCAUUUCCUGUAAAAUCUGUAAAUGUAACAGAAACUGAACCCAGCAUUUUAAGCACUUCAUCAGAGGAUGAUGUCAGCAUAACUGCUGAAGAAGACCAUUUUGAGGGGCAAACAGGACCAUCUCUUCAGACAAUACCAAAGGUUAAGAGAUAUAUCCAUUUUACACAGUCAGAACCACAUUCCCCUGCUCAACCAACAACUUCUCAAAGUGUAGUGCAAGAAACAAGGAGGUCAAGCACUUCAUCUGAUAAUGAUGUCAUAAUAACUACUAAGGAACAGAAUUUUAAGGGGCAAACAGCACCAUCUCUUCAUACAAUACCAAAAGUUAAGAGAUAUAUUCAUUUUACACAACCAGAACAACAUUUCCCUGUUCAACCAACAACUGCUCAAAGUGUAGUGCAAGAAACAAGGGGGUCAAGCACUUCAUCUGAUAAAGAUGUUAAAACAAAUGAUGAUAACUUCUAUCUACAAACAGGUUUCUCUUUUGAUCAGCUGCCAAAGGUAAAAAGAUACAUCGAGUUCAAACAACACAAGUCCCCCUUCCCUGUAAACCCCUUAGCUAUGGAGGAUAUUACACUUAAUACACAACUAAACAGGUUAUCUAUGACAUCAAUAAAAACAUAUCCCACACCUAAAGCAAAGGCAGACAUACAAACAGGAUGGUCCAGUUCAUCAUCUGAGGCAUCACCUCCCGGCUCAAUAAAGAAAAGAUCUCCUAUAGUAAUACAGUCUCAAACUUUGAGGUCUGAAUUUCAUUACAAAGACAUUAUGACAAGAGACUCUGUAGAUGGUUAUGUGCAACAGACUGGGCUGAAACCAGAAUUGAAAAAUGAUCCACCAGCAGUUCCACAAAUACCCCCACCUUCACUAGAACUAGAAGAUGCCAGAGAGUAUCUGAGAGACAAUUCUGAAGUUCGUCAAAGGCAAGAGCGGAGACGAUUACUUCAGCAAAGAAGGGUGAUGGAUGAGUUCAGCGCAACCUCGCUGUCCCCUAUCACACAGGAGGGAAACAAGCAGGACAGUGGCUCACUGGUGAAUUACGGAGGAGCAACAAUGACAAAAACUGUCACUACCAGACGCAACGAGGGAGCUGAAGCCCCGACUUUGCAGGGCCUUAAAACAAAGAAUAUCUCAGCACUCAGAUCCAAGUCACCACUACAUUCUGAAAAUACUAAAUAUAAAGAAUUUUUAAUUUAGAUCAAGAGGAGGCUUUGACGUGCCAGAUUGAAAUAUAAAUUUAUCCUUUAAAGGGGCCAUGGCAUGAAAAUCUGACUUUUCCAUGUUUAAAUGCUAAAAUUGGGUUCCCAGUGCUUAUCAACCUAGAAAAUGUGAAAAAGAUCAACCCAGUUUUAGUAAACCAUUCUCUGCAAGCACGUGAAAAAUUAGGCCAUUGAAAUUUGCCUCUCCUUAUGAUGUCAUCAGUGUUUGAAUUUUAUCAGCUCAUUUGCAUUUUAAAGGACACACCCAAAACGCCACAUUUUUGCUCACACCUACAAAGUAUCAAUUUUAAAGGGGCAAUAAGUAAGAUUUACCGCCGUCUAGUGGUGGAAUUGUAUUUUGCAUUCAAACGAACAUUGCUCUCUAGCACCUCCCCUUUCCAAAUGCGUGUUGCAACUACGGUAGCCGUUAUGUAAUUGCUGAUCUCCUUGUCCGUUGCAGCUGGUUCACGUGUUCUGAAUGAAAACGCGUUGUGGAAACGCGUUAUUAAGCUAGUGCUUUUUGUCCCUCUCUGCUAUUAUAGUUUAUCAAUACAGCGGAACAAUAUGGAUGCCUCCUUGGACUUACCCGUUCAAUGUAAGUAAAGAGAAGAAAUUCUAAGCUUACAAAGGUCCCGUACACACUGCAUAUUAAUUUGGUUGUCACUUUACCUUUUAAUGCUUAAUCCUGUUCUGUACACACACAGUUCAGUAAUUUACGGGACUCACAACCGCAUUCUACAACCGAAUUAACUCCCGCAAAAUGCAACCGAAUUUACACAAACUCUGCACAGUGUGUACAUAACCGAACUGAACAACUAGUAGUUAAUCAAGUUUUUAAACGUUCAUCAUAAACAGGACAGGUCUCUCUUCUGAAAAAAUAAAUGCUUAGAAGGGGAAAAAGUCUUCUGUAUGCGCGGUUCAGAAAAUGACAGAGGCACAAGUGUUUGCUGACUAGUGUUGCCAGAUCUUGCACUAAAAAAACAGCGAACAAGAAAAAUCCAAUAAUAAAUCGAAAUAAAUCUAAAUGCUUUACCUCAAAAAUCAAAAUAUUGGGACCGGCACCCUCACACUUUAUUAACACCAAAAACUUGAUCGCUUCAGUCAAAAGCCAUCAUCGGUUAAGCGCCAAAACGCUAUUUACGUACAAAAAAGACGAGGACCUGGCAACACUGCAAGACCGCGCGCUCCGCGCUGUGAAGCAGCCACACAAAUGCGUAAAAUACACAACGCCAAGACGGAGGUUUAUUGCAAAACACAAUGCUGUUAUUAUUUUGGUCAAAGCUGUGAGUGAUAAGCACGCGAGACGGCAGAACGUUGCUAUGGUUAUUUCUGUGUCAAUCAUCACAUUUUCGGGAGUGAGUCUUGUUCCGUACAGACAUGAAACGAACAUUUAGGGGAUUCACUCCCGCAUUUUAAUGCGGUUGUCACUCCCGAAAGUUUGCAGUGUGUACGAGACCAAAGAAAAUUCAGAUCACUGGCAGAGGUCAUUUGACACCAACGAGGACAUAUUUAUGAAUAAAGACAUUGAUUUUGAUUAAUAAAACACUUAAAAUCCUACUUACAGUCCCUUUAACAUGUUAUAAUAAAUGAUCUGUGGGGUAUUUUGACCUAAAACUUCACAUAUGUACUUUGGGGACACCAAAGAUUUAUUUUACAUCUUAAAAAGUCUUGUGACAUGGCACCUUUAAAAUGUAUGCUUUGUAUCACUCUAGUAUACUAUGCUCUUUUUAUCAACAUAGUAUUGUAAAUACAACUGAUGUAAUAUAUGUUAUUUUAUCUAUUUACCUAAGCUUUCAACAUUUCAUAUUUUUCGUAUUCUGUAUUAAAUAUAAAACCAAAGUAUACAUUUA